CCAGCCUUUCUCAGCAGCACAGCAGAGCUUCUGUCCAACACUGAGUGCAGACAUGUCUGCUGCCAGCUGUCAUCUAUCGAAUGAUCAGUUUCUGUGCUCCAUCUGUCUGAAUGUCUUCACUGAUCCAGUCUCCACACCAUGUGGACACAACUUCUGCAAAAACUGCAUCAGUCAACACUGGGAUAUUAGUGAGAGGUUUGAGUGUCCCAUGUGUAAAAAGGUGUUCUACACAAAAACUGAGCUGCAAAUCAACACUUUCAUCUCUGAGAUGGUUUCUCAGUUCAGAUGUGAAGCUCAGCAGAAAGUCAACAGCAGCAGCUCAGAGCAACAAGCUGCCAAACCAGGAGAAGUUCCCUGUGACAUCUGCACUGGAAUCAAACUGAAGGCCCUGAAAUCCUGCCUGGUGUGUCUGGCCUCCUACUGUCAGACUCACCUGGAGCCUCAUCUGACAAUGAAAGGUCUGAAAAGACAUCAGCUGAUUGACCCUGAUGAGAACCUGGAAGGCAGGAUGUGUAUGAAGCAUGAUAAACCUCUGGAGCUGUUCUGUAAGACCGAUCAGACAUGUGUCUGCAUGCUCUGCUCUGUUAUAGACCACAAGACCCAUGAGUUUGCUCCUCUGAGAGAAGAAUAUGAAGGAAAGAAGGCAGAACUGGGGAAGACUGAAGCUGAAAUUCAACAAAUGAUCCAGAAGAGACGACUGAAGAUUCGAAAGAUCAAAAAGUCAGUGAAGAUGAGUACAGCUGCUGCAGACAGAGAGAAAGCAAAAGGUGUUCGGGUCUUCACUGCUCUGAGGAAGACUCUCAGGAGACGUAUGAACGAGCUCAUAAAGGAGAUGGAAGACAAACAGGAAACAACAGAGAAACAGGAUGAAGGUUUCAUCAAAGAUCUGGAACAGGAAAUCUCUGAGCUGAUGAAGAGAAGCUCUGAGGUGGAGCAGCUCUCACACUCUAAAGAUCACCUCCACCUCCUCCAAAGAUUCUCAUCCCUGAAAGCUGAUCUAGCCACCAAAGACUGGACAAAGGUCAGUAUCCAUCCACCAUCAUAUGAGGGAACUGUGGUGAGAGCUGUGGAUCAGCUGAAGGAGACACUCGGUAAAGACAUGAAGAAGCUGUUUGAGGCUGAGCUGAAGAGGGUCCAGCAGUAUGCAGUGGAUGUGACUCUUGAUCCUGAUACAGCACAUCCUAAUCUCAUCCUGUCUCGUAAUGGAAAACAAGUACAUUGUGGUGAUAGAAGGAAGAAACGUCCAGGCAACCCAGAGAGAUUUCUUGUGUUUCUUUGUGUUUUAGGAAAGCAGAGUUUCUCUUCAGGCAGAUUUUUCUUUAAGGUUCAGGUUAAAGAAAAGACCAGAUGGAUAUUAGGAGUGGUCAAAGAGUCAGUCAACAGGAAGAAAAAAAUCACACCGAGUCCUGAGAAAGGUUACUGGACUGUAUCAGUAUAUGAAAACAUUUGUGUUGCUCUUGAGGAUCCUGAAGUCCGUCUCCCGCUUCAGUCUGGUUUUGAGAAAGUGGGGGUGUUUGUGGAUUAUGAGGAAGGUCUGGUCUCCUUUUAUGAUGUAGAUCAUGCAGCUCUUAUCUACUCCUUUACUGGCUGCUCCUUCACUGGGAAACUCUACCCAUUCUUCUGUUCCGGUGUUAAUGAUGAUGAUGAUAACUCUGCACGUCUGAUCAUCUGUCCUGUCAAUCAGUCAGUCCGAUCUUUUUCCAUGAGGAAAUUUGAAUAA